CACUAUACUAAAGAAAGAAUUGAAAAUACCAAUAAUUAAAUAUUCCCAAUUCGUUUUAUAAAGUUGUAUGAUGUGAUUUUUGGUCAAAAUUCACAUUUUAUUUUUUAGGGGCUGUUCGUUUCUGCAUCUAUCAUCUCCAUCCAACUGCUCCAUCUAUAAUAUAUGAUCCAUCCAAAUGAUCCAUCCAGAUUUUACUAGCUGUUCGUUUCUCUAUGUAGAUGAACCAUCGCGUACGACAAUCGAGGCGCCGUCAGCUUGCUUCUUCCUCAACGCCGGUAAGGCCUCCGGCCACCGGCGUCGGGUCUUCUGCUCCGGCAUUUGUCUAUCUCCAUCGUCUGCUCGUUCCUCUAGCUUUCUCUCUCCACCGUCAUCAUCUCGCGUUUCAUUCUCCACCGUCAUCGUCUCGCGUCACUCUAUGUCUCUAUCUCGUUUUCUCGUUGGAUUUCUUGUUGCUCUCAUCAUCAUCAUAUCCUCCGUCCAGAUCGUAGUCACCUCCACUCCCGCUCUUCUCUUCAUCAUCACCUCCCAAGCUCACUUCGUCGUCAACAACUCUCCCGCUCAACUCGUAGUCACCACCAUUCCUAACCGCGUCCUCAUCGUAGCUCCUCUCAGUAUAAACAGAAACGCCAGAUCCAUUAAUUCUGAAGGAAAGCUCGCCAGAUCUGCUCUCACCGACCUUCUCUCUUCCACUGUGUUGACUCCCUCAACGCUAUCAGGUAGACACUCUUCCAGAUCCAAGCCGAGUGCUCAGCAACAACGAAACCUCCAUAGGCUCUGGUUUACAUCGACGAAUCCCACCGGAUGUGGUGGGUUAAUUCCGUCAUUGUUCUCUGGAGUAUUUAUAUGGCCACCACCCGAUGCUCUGCUUCUGUCACCCAAUGAGGACUCAAGCGCUUUCAGUUUGAUUGGAUUUGUGGAUUGUUUGGUCGGAUGUAUUUUGGUAAUACCUUGCUGGUUCCGACACGGUAAUGUCGAGGUCCGAAGUGUAGUACUGAGUUCAAUGUCCACUCCGCCACAAAAGUUCAAUAGUUUCAGAGUCUCCAUGAAGGUGAAGAUGUCUCCUUUAUCAGAUUGUUCAACCGGUACAACCAGGGUUCACCUAGCCCAAAGGAGUGAUGUUUUGCUUAAGCUAAGGACCCUAUUUGUUCAGCCAUCACAGAAUCCAAAAACUCAGAGAGACACAGGUGCUAGCUUUUGCUGAUGGUUGAAGCGUCGUGGUCACUUGAGACCUAAGAUUGCUCUCGUCUUGUCU